CCAUCAACAACAGCCACCUAACUCUGUUCUGUGGCUAAAGCGUCUUGUUCUCGGCUGGCAUCAAUAAUGCUUGGUACAGUGGUCUCUUAUUAUCAAACCCCGUAUGUCCACGCUUUCGCUUUGUGGCGGUGUAACAAGGCGGACCGCUAGCCUCAAGGCCUGCCGUAAGGAACAAUGGAUUCCGCAUGCCCACCUCGUUUUUGUCUUCACUCCUAUAAAUAUCGAUAUCUUAACCUUUAAAAGUAUCUUCCAUCGCUCUCGACGAGCUCCCUCCAUACAUUCCUCAAACCCUUCUUAUACUGACAUCCUUCUUACGCCUCCUUCUCUUCCACGUUCACCAUGCAUCCUCUCUCCAUCGCCCCCGCACUCCUAGCUCUCGCUGCGUAUCUUCCUCGCGCAGCUGCACACGGUUAUCUCGCAUCGAUCACUAUUGAUGGCACCACAUACAAGGGAAACGUCCCCGCCGGCAACACCGAUCCCAGCCCGAUCCGUCAGGUCGACACCAACAGCCCCGUCAAGGGCGCCGACAAUCCUUUCCUCAACUGUGGUCAGAACGCUCAGCUCGCGAGCCAGGUCGCCAAUGCCAACCCCGGAAGCAAGAUCGACUUUCUGUGGAGCGACAUCGGGUCCAACUGGCCUCAUAACACCGGGCCUGUGAUGACUUACAUGGCCAAGUGCGAUGGGACGUGCGACAAGUACAACUCGACCGACGCCCAGUGGUUCAAGGUCGAUGAGCUGGGGAUGAAGCCCGACGGGUCGACAUGGUACCAGCAGGACAUCAUGAACGGCCAGCCUGUGUCCGUCACCCUCUCCAAUGAUAUCGCCCCUGGCCAGUACCUCAUCCGGCACGAGAUCAUUGCGCUCCAUCUUGCUGUCUCCCCCGGCGGUGCCGAAUUCUACCCUUCUUGCACGCAAGUGAACAUUGGCGGCUCGCAGACAGGACAACCGAACCAAACGGUGACGUUCCCUGGUGGGUACACCGACACCGAACCCGGAAUCCUUGUUCCGGAUGUGUUCAAUCCAGGACUCGUUUACUCCUUCCCUGGCCCGGCCAUGUCGAAUCUGGCUGCUAUCGCUGACACUGCCACUGGACAAGGCCAAGCUCCAUCGAGCGCUGCCGAUAGUCCUGCGCCCGCGAGCACCAGCGCCAAAGGACAGCCCGCGUCGCCCACUUCAGCUGCUGCCACAGGUUACCCGACGUCGUCACCGUCAAACUCGUCGCCGUCGAAACAGUGCAAUCUCAAGAAGCGUACCGCCGUGAACGCGACGAAGAGGGACGUCGCAAGCAGACCGAAGCACUUGAGCAGGAUCAUGCGGGAUUUGAUCCACCAUCCGUGAACGAGGAACUGACGCGCUGGGUACGCUGGGACACGACACUGACAUGAUGGGCGACGUUAUAUUACGAGCGGACAUGCCCUGGAGGCCCCGUGUAGCCUUAUUAUCGUAUAUUAUUGGGUCAGGUGGAUAUGUAUCUCUAUAGGUCUGUCCGAGGUUAUUAUCGAAUGUAUUUGAAGCCGCUUGCUAUGC